UCCUGGAUGUAGGAAAUUCAACGCUUUUCAGUUUCUUUUUCUUAAGAAUCCUGCUAAAACAGAGGCAAACAGACGCAUUCAAAACGAGGAUUCCUGUAUUUUACUAUGUCGUCCAUAAAUCACGCAGUCUCCGGCAAAAAUAGUCUGGAUAAUCAAGAACUGGAAAACAAUUCGUCUUGUACCGUUACUUCAGCUUCAGCUUCGACAUCAAGAGCAGGCUCAACUGCUACAACACCCAAAGUAAUACAUUCAACGGCGUCCGCUAAUUCGAAAAGACUGUGUCGAAAUGUCAUUAUACAUGGCUUUUGUAAAUACGAAAAUAAAGGGUGUGAAUUCAACCACAAAACAGCAGAUGAUGUGAAACCGACCAUAGCAGCAACAAUAAUAUCAACAGCAAAUCAGCAGCAAGCUCCCGCUUCAAUAGAAAAUCUUACGCCAAUCAGUAGCGUUUCUGUAAAUGCGCCCGUAUUUAUUCCUACAUCUUCCUUUGCAUCAAACACAGCAACCUUAGCGCCUUAUUCUACUGACCUCAUGAAUGAUCUCAAUCCUGCAGCAACACAACAACAAACAGCAUUUAUGAGUAAUGGAGGAGCAAACACAUUUUAUCCAUCACAGGCAACACAACAGCUGUUAGACCCUUCUUAUUAUUACAAUUCAGCAAUCGCUUACAAUCAGCUCUUGUAUCAUCAAUGUGCACCCACUUUACCUCACAUCAGCAAUCUCUCUUUGCAUCAACGUAUAUUACAAUCUUUCAACGUCCCGGAGAACUUGAAGGAACAAUUAUUGAAACGAAAUGAAAUUUCUCUUCAUAACAAGCGAGCCAAGAAUUUGAAAUUGCCAGAGGAAGUACAUGUAUAUCAUUCAUUAUGCCCUUUGGAAGAGAAGCCUGGUAAAUUAUUAGGUCAUGCAUCAUGGGUAUACAGAGCGACAAGUAAAGUUGAUGGUAAACUGUACACAUUAAUAAGGAUUGAAGGGUUUCGAUUGGUUAAUGAACAAGCAAUGCAAAUUGUUAAGUCAUGGCAGAAAAUUAAACAUGCAAAUAUUAUAUCUAUACACGAAGCAUUUACAACCAGGGCAUUUGGAGAUUCCUCAAUUGUGUUUGUUUACAAAUACCAUCCUUGUUCGAUCAGCUUAUACGAUGCUUAUUUCUCACCGCAGGCUCAAGCAAUGAUGCACGCUGCAUUUCAAAACGGUGUGAAUAAUAUGUUGGAAACCACCUUAUGGAGCUUUAUUACACAAUUAGCGUCAGCUUUGAAAGUGAUUCAUCGGUCUGGGUUAGCAGCAAGAACCAUUGAACCUAGUAAGAUCUUGAUGACAAGCAAAAACAGACUGCGGAUUAACCAUACAGCCAUUUUGGAUGUUUUGCAAUAUGAUAUGUGUGACGCCAAUACAAUAUCCAUGCACCAGCAGGAAGAUUUAUUCAGUCUUGGAAAACUUGUUGUCUCUGUUGCAUGCUUGGUCUCUUCCUCAGCAACCGCUGCUAUUCUUCAAAAUAAUCUUUUGCAGUCUUUAGAGUAUGUGGCGAGAUUUUAUUCGCCUGAUCUCAAAAAUAUUGCAAUUUACCUGUUGCGACAACCCUCAAUAACAAAAUCGAUUGAUGAAGUGUUUACGUUUAUUGGACCACGAUUAUUACAUGAGUUCAAUAAUACUCAAUAUUACACUGAUAACCUGGAGUCCCAAUUGAGUGCCGAAUUGGAAAAUAGUCGAUUAAUCAAGCUGCUAUCAAAAUUAGAUUUCAUUAACGAGCGACCAGAAUAUGGAAAGGAUCCCCGUUGGUCAGAAACAGGCGAUAGACAUAUGAUUAAGCUUUUCAGAGAUUAUAUUUUUCAUCAAGUGAAUGAAGUAGGAGCUCCUAUGACAGAUAUGACUCAUGUUAUUACAUGUUUGAACAAGGUAAUAAAGGCUGCAUUAAGCAAGAAAUGAUACCCUAGUAUUUAUGCUCUCUACGUUUAGUUGGAUGCUGGUGUAGAUGAGAAGUUGCUUUUGACCUCCCGUGAAGAUCAAACAACGACAAUAAUCGUAUCGUACAAAGAAUUGAAAGCAUGCAUAGCCUCUGCUUUUAAUGAUGUAUUUGCCAAAAAGCUUCCUGAAAUCACAGAGCCAACAGCAGAAACGUCUACUACUGCUGCUAUCAGUAGUGCGCGCGUAACAAAUACAAAUGCUUCCUCCGGAAAUUCGCAUUAUCACUCUCACGUAAAUAAUAACCACCAACACCAUCGUCAUCAUCAUCAUCAUCAUAACACUCAUUAUAAGAACA